AUGAGGGAGGCCCCAACAUCCAGCCCCCCAGCCCCAAGGGUGAGCGGUGGCUCCAGGCACAGGGUCCCCCUGGAGAGUGCAGAGCUGGGUGCCGCCUUCCAGGAGCGGGGACGAGGGGCCAGCAGAGCGGACGGCUCCCUCCUGGGGUCGGCCGGGGAGGGUCUGCAGGGCUACCCCUCCUCGGGGGCCCAGACAUGUGACCAGGCCGACGCGCUCUCCGGGGACCCCUGCCCCCUGCCCCAGGCUCAGGGGGUGCUCGGGGGCAAAGCCUCAGCCGAAGACCCCAAAGAAGAGUGGGCCCUCAUUAUGCACCCACUCUGUGCUGCCCACUCGACGCGUCCCGUCUCGGUCUUGGCAGCUGACGGAGAUCCCCCUGCAGAAAAGGGGGCCCCCUGGCAGGCAGGGAAGCUGAGCCCUCAAGCCACUUGCUUUGCCCCCGGCCCUGAAGCUGGGGUGGACGUAGCUGCCGGCCACCCCCACACCCUGCAGGGCAGCCCUCCCCAGGGAGAGCCCCUAGGGCCACAGGACGGGGCCUGGCUGCUGCAAGGACACCCCACGGCCCUUUGGGAACGGGGCCUUGUAGCCGGCCCGAGAGCCACGGUCAACUCCGGAACACGGGAUGCAGCGCCUCCCCCACCCCCGCCCCGGCCACCUCGGACCUGCUGCCCGUCUCGAGGAAUUUGCUUUCUGAGGAGCUCACGUAAGCGACACGAUAAAAUAAGUGGCCUUCUGCGUCUGUCCUGCUUGCCCGGCUCGGCCCGGUGCUCCGCGUCCAUCCGUGUUGUGCCGGAACCCGGGUCCCUUCACGGCCGAGCUCGGACCCCUCGGCCCGCAGCCAGGUCAGAAUCCGGGGGCUCUAGGGACACGGUUCCGGGCGUGGACACGCGUCCCCCAGGCCCGAGCAACACCCAAGCUUCCCGCUUAGGCUCACGCGUCCUGGAGGCGAUUCUAGGGGUGCCGGGUGGUGCUCCCAGUCCGCCUCCCCGAGCGGCCUGCAUGGAGGAAGCCCUUGGCCUAGUGGGGCCCUGGGGGGCCUCCUCUGUCUGCCAGGCUGGGGGGGUCAGCUGUGCCCCUGUGCCAGAUGUGGGCCCGGCUCAGCCUUGCCAUGAUGAGGAGGAUGUGGUCCGGGGCCAGGCACAGCCACGCACGGAUGGCAGCUGUGGGCUCCCAGGAGUGGAUACCAGCCAUGGACUCUCAGGAGUGGAAGGUGACCUGGGCUCCAGGCCCGGCCGCGGCUCAUUGCCACCCCCGGGAAGGCUGCCCCUGGCACUGGGCUCUGCUGGUCACCCACCCUCGGGCAGGCAGGGGUGGGGCGGGAAACUCACGGCAGGGGCGGCCAGCCCUCCUGGCUCCGUGCCGCCCAGCCAGGGCAGCCGCCCCACACGACGGGGCUCUGAGCCCAGGGAGGGCCGAGAGGCGCCGCCCGCCUGCCCCCCGCCCCUGCCCGCCACUCACAAGGGCCUCUUUGUGCGGCUGUGGGCAGCAGGUGGCUGCCCGGUCCCACAUGGAGGCCCUGCCGCCAGCCGCGCGCGCGGAGGAGGGCACCGCAGGGCGGGGGGCACGGGCGGGCCGGGCGGGGGCCUGGGUGGGAAGGACACCAACGCCAGCACCGUGAGCUGGGCAGUGCCCGGGGCUGUGAACCGAGAGCAGCCCCCAGGGAGGCUUCCUGGAGGUGAGAUGCCCCUCCCCAGUGAGCUGGACGAAGCCCCAGCCUCCUGGCAGCUGGUGGGGAUGGAGCCCAAAGGGGGGCCUUGGCUGCCUUCCUUGACCCCAGCUCCCCCCACCCCUGCUGGGGGGCUCAGCGCCGGCCUGUGCCCGAAACCAGCCCGUCACCCGGGGCAGCCUGCCGGCCCCUGGCAGCCCCGGUCAGGAGCCCCAGAGGCCCCCCAGCUGCCCUCAGCCCCACUGGCCGGCAGGAGCCCAUGGCUGUGCCAAGCUCCCUCCCUGUCGCGGCACCGGGUGAGGACAGCUGGAACCCGCCAGGGUGGCCGGACGGUCAGACGGGCCUCGGGGCCGGGCCCCCUGCGUAUCCCUGGUGGGCAAGGGCAGCUGUGUCCCCUGUGCCAACCAGGCCUCGGCGCAGUCGCCUUCCAGAGACGAGGUUUUGAAUGGAGGCCGGCUUGGUGCACAGCAGGGCCCGAGGAAAAUCCCGCUGCCCCCGGGAUGGGGUGGGGGUGGGUCCUGCACGCAUCAGGGGCUGGGCCUUGGGUGGCUCCGGCGUCCCCCGAGGAGCCCUGGGACAGCCUGUCCGUCGCCGGCUCCUGGCUCCCCCUCCCUGAGCGGCCGACCAGGGCGGGUCCCGCAGGGCCCAGGGCCAGCCACCCGGCUCCAGCGCUUGUGCUCCCGGCUCCUGGACCGGCCACCCCGGGCUCCGAGCACAGCCAGCAUGGGCCCGACACCCCCAGGCGCCCCCGGUGUGGAACGGCCGGACACCCUGCCCGAGGCUGGGCCACACCGGACGCGCCUGGCCCGGGAGAGAAGCGCCUGGUUCCCCGGGGCCAGCGCAGGCUCCCUCCCUCCCGCCUCGCCCUGUGGACUCUCGUCACCGAGCCUCGGACCAGGAGGGACGGAAUCACGUCCCAGAGCCGCCCAGCCCCAGCUCGCUCCCCAGGCCUGGCCGGAGUCUGGAUUUCCCCCGACUCAGUGACCCACCCUUGGGCACCCAGGGCAGGGAGAGGCCUGAUGGGGAGGCAGGGGCACCUGGAACCGGGGGGACCCCGCGGUCACCUGGCUUCUCUCACGAGGGUUCGGCCAGAACACGGCACAGAUCAGCUCUCCCCCGGCUCCCCCGACGGCCAAUCUGGACACGGAUUGAACCAGAAGACCGGAGUUGGCGGAGCAGAGCCGCCCACCACAGCCCGGCCUCCCACCCGCCAGGCCCUGCAGCUCCGGGGCAGAGGUGGGGGGCAGACACCCCCGGGAGCCAAGGGCCCCCUCCCACCCUGUCCUUCCCACCCCAGCUGCCCUGUCCCCGGCCACUGCACAGGGCUGGCACAGAGGCUCCCCCCAGGCGGGUCUGGGGAGCUGCCCGGCCCCUCCCUGCUGGCUUGCAGGGGGCACUGGUCACCUCUGGGGACCCUGUGUCUGUCCCUGAGACCAUUUUUCAGCCCAGCCUCCUGGGUGGACGUCCGGGUCCAGUGGCCACAGGUCAGGGAGGGCUGGUCAGCCCGCCUGCUCCCCCCGCUCUCCCCCCGCUCCCCCUCUGCUCCCCGUCUGCUCGCGGAGCCUGCUUGUGGAUUUGCAUUGGAGUUUUGUGCACUCGGGUGCUACACAUCCAGGUUUGUCACCCACAUUCCCGUGGUGCACCCGGAGGCUCCCCUGCGGAGCGUCCCCUGA